AUGAAGAUUCCAACUACCCAGCAGCUCCAACAGUUACAUGUCUCUCUUGAGCAGGGUGAUUAUGAGCCCGUAGCAACUUAUGACUCUACGAAAGCCACGUAUCUCCAAGAUCAAGAAACUCUUCAAGAAAGCCUGUUGGGUUUAUGCUCCGCCAACGGAUGGCAUAAAAGUUCUAGAGCAGCAUGCUCUCCCCGGCCGAUCCUCGUUAGCUCGGAGCACCAGCGGCGAUGGAGGGAGCUUCAUGAAGCUCUAGUCCUAGCUAUAACCGACAUUGUGGAGAGAUGGUUAACAGACACCGAGGCUGGAUUUCCGGAACGGAUGCCUUUGGAGCCGGAGGAGGAAGAUCUACUGCGCUGGAUUGACGAGCAAGUGCCUCACAACCUUCCACGGUACCGAGACUGCCGGGGCUCAUGGAGACCCGACUUCCUCGUGGAAGAAGACACCAGUGAUGAGAGCUCGGGGCCUGUCGAGGGCUUCCGUAUCAGUGAGAUCAAUGCCCGUUUUUCCUUUAAUGGGUUUAUGUACGUUGCUUGUGCGCAAAAGGCAAUGCAUGACAUGGGUGUUUGCGACCAUGGUAAUGGCCUGGUAAGCGCCACGGAUCCGGCGAAGAUCGUGAAUGGCAUUUUAAGCCUCUUCCAGCCUAACCGCCCAUUGCACCUUUUGAAGGGCGAUGAAGCUGGAAUUGACAUCCACAUGUUAGUGGACUUCCUCAACCGUUAUCUGGGAAUAAGUCCUCGAUUUGUUACCCCUGCAGAUCUGAGGCUAUUGCCCGACCCGCAGGCAAAGGGGGGCUACAAGCUCUGCUGUGUGGUUAAAAGCCCGGAUAGCUCGCAAAACUCCGAUGCUUCUUCACUUAUUUACCAUAAUGGAGAGUGCUUGGAGGAAAUUCAUCAGGUCGGUCUGGAGCUACACCAGCGAGAGAUCAGUGCCUUGGGGCCGGAAAUGCUCCGGCAAGUGAGCCUCAGAUGCUUUAACGACCUGCGUACCAUUUUGCUCGUUCACGAUAAGAGAAUGCUUGGAAUCGUCAAGCAGGAACUUGACCAUUUAGUGGCAAGAGAUGUUCUUACACCGUCCCAAGCGAGAGUUCUCGACAAGGGCAUCCCAGAAACAAUUCUCCCUGGGUCUUUAGAGCUCGACCAGGCAAUUGCUAACUGCAAGGAACUGCCAGGCCUAAAGGAUGAAUAUCUUCUCAAGCCUAUCCGGAGUGGAAAAGGUGACGGGAUCGUGUUUGGUGAGGAUAUGGACUCGAAGGAGUGGAUUUCAAGACUGGAGAACCUGCGGUCCGCGCAAUCCCUAUCCGGCAGUGGAACCUGUGUUGUCCAACGCAAGGUCAAGCAGCCUUUGUACGACGUGGUGUUGAGGCCAACGGGUGUCAAGACUAGAUAUCCGCUUAUUGGAACUUACCACUCCAUCAAUGGAGAGUUUCUUGGAGUUGGGGUUUGGCGUAGCAGUGCGGAUCGUAUCUGCGCGAUCAGUCAUGGAGGUGCAUGGACGGUUUCUGUUAUGCACGAUGAAUAG